UUCCCUGCACCUGCAAAGACCGUUGAAAUAUUGAUAAUCUCGACAAAAGGAAAUCGGCAAAAACGAUUCUAGCUCGGAAGUAGUGCCGAUUUGUUUCUGAAUUCAGAAAGAAAAUACUUUUGUUGGUCGUGUGGUUUUUUUUGUAUUGCAACGCGGGCGGCGGGCGGUGACAACUAUAACCAAUAGGCACCACGCACAAAGAAUAGGCAAUAAUUGAAUUUAAUUUUGGAAUUUUAUUUUCCGAGAACGGUUCAUCAGCUGCCUCAAAUGUAAAAAUUAAAAAUAAGUGAAAGGUUGAACCAAGCAGGCAAAAGGCCGCUGCUGGUUGGCCCCGUUGUGAAUGUAAGCCGAUUCGAUUCGUGAAAUUGAUUAAAGUGAAAAUGAUUCAGACCCAACUACCAACUACACAUUCUGUUCCAUUCUAGAGGUAGAUUGGAAUCGCAUCGGGUAUACCCUACACCAUACGAUUGAAUAAGAAAGUGCCUCUAGUUUUCGGUGCCCGUUCGAGUGGUUUGUACACAUGUACACAUUUAAAAUCAAUUACAAAUCAAUAAAUCAAUAACACAACUAUAGCACUGCUGCCGCACGACGGUGUUUAACAAAAAUUGUGCUAAUGUGAAUAAAAACCCUGCAAUUAUCGGAAAACAAACUGUUUUUCACAGUGGAACAUUUCUUAAUUCGUGUCCAGAGGCAGUGCGUGCUGUCCAUUAGUUUGAUUUAUUCACCCAGUACCCAGUACCCUGGAGCCGCAAGGGUAUUUAUGGUAUAUUUGUGCAGUUUAUCGUACAAAAUCUAACAUCGCGGUCACGAAUUAUAUAACACACAAUAAUAAACAAGCCUUCGUAUCCACAUUCUUACAGAUUGUAUGGAUAUCAUUAAAAUGCCCAUAUGACUAUUACUUUGAGAUUAAAAACCAAAAAGCAGCAUUGUAAUGUACAUAUCGACACAGUAAUUUAAACAUAUGUAUGUACACACAUAUGUACAAAUUUAAACCUACGUGAUAAAAAGUUAAAGGAAGAGGAAUUGUGCAAUAUCGAUUUAACUUAAUAAAUAAUUUCUUCUUUAGUCAUGUGAAUCCUGAAAUAAGGUCAACAUAUUAAACAUAUCAAGAAUACAUGUGUAUAUUAAUAAACAUAUCUAUGAAUACAACACACAUAUCUUCUACAACUAAAACAAAUGCUAAGGAUACUAUACAGUGGAUAAACAUUAUUUAAACAAGUGCACACUUUACUACAUAUCAAUACCACUGAGGACAUAUCAUCAAACCCAUCGAGUGACACCAAUAGUACCAAAUCAGUACCUAUGUAUGUACUUAUGUACAUAUUGUAUGUAUAUUCAGGAAAUCGAGAAACGUAAACGUUCCAGUCAAAGUCCAGCUGAGCUGUCACGCCAAGUGCGCGAAUCACGUAGUGUGGGACACACACAGCGAACCCUCUCUCCCACCGGAGCCCCACCCAUAUUGCAUUGCACUUUGCAAACCACCGCAAACUACCGUGACUAGCCGGCUUUAUCGAGUCCGCGAAACAAGUUAGUCAAUUCGAAUAAUGCGCAUACGAUAAGAUCGAUGCUACCAAAAAACUGUAUGUCCCUCCAUGAUAUUCCCAAACGAAAAGAAGAAAGAACUAUGGCGUUAUGCGUCAAAAAACAAUCCAGGUGCGUGCGAUGGGGUGCCAGGACCCACACAGCCACCACAGCCGCCGCCCCCUCCACAUCGACACCGCCUUCAGAUGACGCGGGGUACCUCGUUUGGCUGCAGAAGCUCCUAUUGCGAGGAAACUUCCUUACCGAUGCGUCAAACUCCCCCGCCACCAUACAAUUCGAUUCCUUACGCCACAGACUGUUGCGGCCCUUACUGCCAGAACAACAACGGCAUCCCCAACUCAAACGCCAACAACUGCCGCCUCCCCCGCCCACCACUAAACUACACACAACAGCUAGUGCCACGUGGCAUCACGGGUACGUUGGGAUCACCAUCACCCGCGUCCAGUGCCACAGAAGACUCGGACUUCAGCUAUACCAAACCUGGAUGCAGCUGCGUAAGCUCUGGCGACGAUAUGUUCAUCGACGAAAACGAUCAAGUGCACCACCAGACCUCAACGUCUCCCCCUUCUAUGGCAACAGUGAGCGCGACGACGUUUCGUACGACUGCAGCAAACAUGUUUCGCAACUGCUGUGGCGCCGGCGGUCACGCAGCGGAGGCCAGCAGCGGCUCGACUUGCUGGAGCCGAGACUACACAAUUCCGUUCACGAAACAAUCGCACCCCCAGCUGACGAACAUUUCCUGGACGACGGGAUCCACGCAAGCUCCCGAGACGCCCAAUCGAAAAGAUUUCGAUGCCCUGAUGAAGCUGCUCAAGCAGAAGCAACAGUCCGAACUUUUGCGUGCCGUCAAAAGCCGCGUGGAUCAUCCCUCAAGAAAGUCAAACAUCGACGCCGUAAUUGCCACCCCGCCAACCUUCUUGCAGUGCAUUCUGAUCAAGUGCACCACCUCGCCAGCCGACAAGGAGCAGCACUUGACCGCGUGUCGACUCUUCUUUUGGCCCAGCCUCAGGAGCGGCGUGGAGCUAAAACGCCUGCCCGCCUGUCCCAGCGCACGAGACUGCGUGUACACAUGCUGCAACCCACUGCAUUGGUACCGCAUAAUAAACAUCAGCGAUACAGAGUCUUCACUUCCGCCCUACCACCGUUCAAAAAUGCUGCGACUGAAAGAUGCAGAUUCCGAAGAAGAAGACUCCCAAAACGACAGAAAGUCAGCAGCGACCACGUGGAGCGUGCAAAGCAACAGCUUUUCGAGCAGCACCUUCAAGCAAGCGGAAUCGCAGUUUCUUGGCCCUAGUCUAGAGUCGUUUACCACUGAAGGAAAAGGUGACACAGUCAACGCUAGGGGCUGGUGCCAAAUUGCUUAUUGGGAGCUUUCUCAUCGAGUUGGAGAGUUCUUUCACGCCAGAAAGACAACUGUAAAUAUCUACACAGAUGGGAUUGUGGACAGUGGUGGAGACAGCAUGUGCCUCCGCGAGCUAACCUCCGUGGGCAGGGGACCUCACUCUGACGCUGUCCAAAAUACACGACAAAAAGUCGGGCUAGGAGUUACGUUGAGCCUUGAAAGCGGCGAUGUUUGGAUUUACAAUCGAGGCAACGUGCCAAUCUUUGUGGACUCUCCGACACUAGCCGAACAUUUGGACCGUGUCUGUAAAGUAAUGCCUGGUUACUGUCUGAAGGCCUUCGAAACUACCAGGGCUCAACUGUUGAUCACAAAACGGUCUCAAAAUCACCCAUUGGGACCCAUCGACCGGUUUAGCAUGAAAAUAAGCUUUGUCAAGGGUUGGGGUCAUACAUACAAACGGCAGGAUAUCAUGUGCUGUCCCUGCUGGCUGGAAGUGCACUUCAGCCACCUGCGGUGACAGUACUUGCUGCUGGCCCUUACGACAGUAUUUUCACCAGCAGCGCCCUAUUUGGCCGAACCUCUUUGUCCAGACCAACAGUGUUUGUGGCGGAGCGAAGGAGACUUGCAACGCUCGCGCCAACUGCUGCGCAAGGUGCAAAAGUUGUUGACCACGUUAUGUGGCAAAAUUUGGCUGGUUACAGAUUCAACCACGGGAAUGAAGAGCUUGAAGCUGCGUAUACCGAGCUGCCGAUAAGCCAUCAAACAACCAAUCAUUUGGAACCACAAAGGACUGCAAAGAAAUCAUUUAAAAUGUCUACAUGAAUAGCUUCUUAAAAUGUUUCAAUUAACUGCAAGUAGGCACAUCGAAAUUAAGCUAUAAAUCAUUAGAUUCGCAUUAAGGGAGGAGUCUACGAGUGGGGGAGCUUGAAUUUAAGUAAAUAUAUGGUAAUGAUUGUUAAACAUGUACACAUAGGUAAAAUUUAAAUACUGUGAUUCACUCUAAAUAUACACACAUAGUGCAUAUGUACAUAUGUACCGACGCAUAGGUCUAGACUCUAGAGGUCUAUGCGAGUAGGUCUGACAAACAUAUAUUAAAUAUUUAAAUUAUUUAGACAUACGCAAACACAUUGCGCCAAUUCAGUUUAACCAGAAACGAAUAUGGAACCUUGUUGAACGCUCUACCCCUAUAAAUUGAGGUAAAACAUUAUUAAAAUUUUAAGUAGAACUGCAUGUACAUACAAACAUACAUACAUACAUAUGUACAUAGAUACACAUUAGUUUCCAUUCUUGAUUCUGGCGUCCACGGAUAUAAUUUUUUUGGAGCUAGCAAACGUCAUGUUCAAACAUAUUUAUAUUUUAUGUUGAUAUUUUGACGAUUUUUCAUUUCGAUGUACCGAUAAUAGUAGACAUCUCUUCCCUUCAAAAUCUGACCGCGGCAUGCUAAAGUUCGACGAUCAGUAAAAAUAUCUUUUAGACUGGCAAACACAAACGUUUGGUUGGUCUCUUAAAAAUACAUUUUUAACCAAUUCUUCCUGUGGAAGCUUUAUAUAGUGACAAGAUCCGACCAAUUCAGAGGAAUCAUUCAUCCGACCAUUUUCAUAGUACCCUACACAAACACCAUAUGAAAAUUGUCUAGCUGUCAGUUUGGGGAUUUUUUCUAAAGUCUAUUCGUGUUUAAAUGUCGCCCGUUUCAGUUGCAUUUCUAGAUCCAAGAAAUGUAAAUAUGAGCAUUGGGUGUGGCAUUAGAAAUCCGUGCGCUGGAAUUAGUAUUGUAUCCAUGUACAUUUAACAAACCGUGUGGCAGCCUGCAUUAUGGGGCUAAGAUUAAUUCAAACCAGAUAACAAUUUUGUUUAAACUUCUCAGUGUGUUGAAGAACAGGAGACUCCAGAGGAAUGGGCUUCAAUUAAAUUGUAUAUAAUUUAAGACACGAGUCUAACAAACUGUAAAAUAAUAAAUUAAGUUAAAUAAC